GAACUUCUGAAUGUUUGAAUCCUUGAAUUUUCGAAUUUUCGAAUUUUCAAAUUUUCGAACUUUUGAACUUUCAAACUUUGAAUUUUCCUUCUAGGAACAAGAUGCCCGUGAAGUUUAAUCUCUCUUAAGAAGAAAAACCACGGAGAGAAAACAAAACCCCCCAUGGAUCCUCUGCACUUUCCCAACGCGUUCAGCAUGGAAGCCGCUCCCGGCCAGGAGAACUCCUCCGUGCUGCCCAACGCCACGGAGAACGGGACGCUCCCGGAGCCGCCCCCGUUCCAGUACAUCCACAAGGUGCUGAUCCCCAUCUGCUACCUGCUGGUGUGCGCCGUGGGGCUGAGCGGCAACGCCCUGGUCAUCUACGUGGUGCUGCGCCACGCCAAGAUGAAGACGGUCACCAACAUCUACAUCCUCAACCUGGCCGUGGCCGACGUGCUCUUCAUGCUGGGCCUGCCCUUCCUGGCCACCCAAAACGCCAUCUCCUACUGGCCCUUCGGCUCCUUCCUCUGCCGCCUGGUGAUGACCGUGGACGGCAUCAACCAGUUCACCAGCAUCUUCUGCCUGACGGUGAUGAGCAUGGACCGCUACCUGGCCGUGGUGCACCCCAUCAAAUCCACCAAGUGGAGACGCCCCAGGGUGGCCAAGCUCAUCAGUGCCACGGUCUGGACCUUCUCCUUCUUGGUGGUGCUGCCCGUGAUCAUCUUCUCGGACGUGCAGGAGGACUUCCAGACGUGCAACAUGAACUGGCCGGAGCCGGUCAACAUCUGGUCGGCGGCGUUCAUCAUCUACACCUCGGUGCUGGGCUUCUUCGGCCCUUUGCUGGUCAUCUGCCUGUGCUACCUGCUGAUCGUGGUCAAGGUCAAGUCCUCGGGGAUCCGCGUGGGCUCCACGCGGCGCCGCCGGUCGGAGCGCAAGGUCACCAGGAUGGUGGUGAUCAUCGUGGUGGUCUUCGUGUUCUGCUGGCUGCCCUUCUACACCAUGAACAUCGUCAACCUGAUCCUCAUCCUGCCCGCCGACCCCGUCCUGGAGGGGCUCUACUUCUUCAUGGUGGUGCUGUCCUACGCCAACAGCUGCGCCAACCCCAUCCUCUACGGCUUCCUCUCCGACAACUUCAAGCAGAGCUUCCAGAAGGUUCUGUGCCUGCGGAAGGGCGAUGGAGCCGAGGAUGGAGACCCCGUGGAGCACAGGCAGGAGAACAGCAGCCGCCUGCAGGAGUCCAUGCUGACCCAGAGGAACGCAGAGUUCAACGGGCACAUGCAGACCAGCAAGGUCUGAGGGCGUGGCCCGGCACCGCGGAGUCCCCUGGAGGACUUGGGGACUUCAAGGUUCAGGAAAAGGAAAACAUGGAGCCCUGGAAGCUCCAAGAAACGUACGCAGAGGGCUCUUCCCUGCUCUUCCCGGCUGGAAGUGCCAAGCUCUCGUGGUGUCCUGAUGGAUCCGACGUCUGGGACCACUUUGGGUGCUUCAGGGAAUGAUUUCCAGGCGUUGUACCCCUCUAGUGAUGCAAACCAACACUAAGCCAGCUCUAAUUCCCCUGUUAAGAUUGGUUUAAGGCUCCUUUGUACUGCUGGGAUCAGCUCCGAGCUGCAAACAGCUCAGCUGGGAUCCUUGGGAAUUCUUCAAGGGG